GAUCCCUCCACAGAAGACAUCUGCAGAGAAAAGCAAGAAAACUAUCUAGCCCAUCCUUAAUCAUAAAGUGUACACUGUAAAUAUAUAUAUACUGGCAGAAGAAUUACCUUAUCAGACCAGGAACCUGGCUGCCCAGCUCAGAGAGGCUAAUGCACGCCAAGUUUCCCGCCUGAUAAGCACUCCCACCGACUCCCCGCAGCACUGGACCGCUGCUGAUGUCACCCGCACGCGCCCACCAGCUGCACAGAAGAACACAGCUGGAAGCGCGCGCACAGGUCCACAGACCGGAAGGAUGCGUCGCUGGAGCCUGAUGCUGCCGAACUGCACAAGGUCCAGUUCCCAUAGGGAAUCAGGCGGCCGGUCAAUGCCGAGGAAAAGUAAGAGACAUCAUCGCUUGCCGGCAGCGAAGGAUGAUGAAAUACCGGCAAAAAUGCGGAAGUCACCAGGAGCGCCCCCCCACCCAAUGCCAGUCUCCUUCUCAUCCUGUGGGACUAACGAUCAUUGGACCACCGCAACACCAGCUAAUGCUACUCUAGGGUCCAGUUCCCAUAGGGAAUCAGGCGGCCGGACAAUGCCGAGGAAAAGUAAGAGACAUCAUCGCUUGCCGGCAGCAAAGGAAGAUGAAAAACCGGCAAAAAUGCUGAAGUCACCAGGAGCGCCCCCCCACCCAAUGCCAGUCUCCUUCUCAUCCUCUGGGACUAACGAUCAUUGGACCACCGCAACACCAGCUAAUGUUACUCUAGGGUCCAGUUCCCAAAUGGAAUCUAGCGGCCGGUCAAUGCCGAGGAAAAGUAAGAGACAUCAUCGCUUGCCGGCAGUAAAGGAAGAUGAAAAACCAGCAAAAAUGCUGAAGUCGCCAGGAGCGCCCCCCCACCCAAUGCCAGUCUCCUUCUUCUCAUCCUCUGGGACUAACGAUCAUUGGUCCAGCAUCCAAUCCACAGGUCCAUCUACUACACCGGUGACUACCGCAACACCUGCUAAUGCUACUCCAGGAUCCAGUUCCCAUAGGGAAUCAGGCGGCCGGUCAAUGCCGAGGAAAAGUAAGACAGCAAAGGAUGAUGAAAAACCGACAAAAAUGUUCAUUAUUGAAAUGCUGAAGCCACAAGGAGCUGGGACUUGGUCCAGCACCCAAACCAUAUUACCAGGGACUUCAUCUUUAGUGUUGGAUGAUAAACCAACAAUUUACACCAUAAAAGAAAUGAAGCUUCCCGAUGUCCCAGCCGGACCGUCAUCAUCUAUCACCGGUCCAUCUACUCCACCGGUGACCACCGCAACACCAGCUAAUGCUACUCCAGCAGAUCCCGACAAAGUCCCAAAAAUCUGUCUCUGUAACCUAUGGAAACAGUGCAAGUUAGAAGGUCAAUGCCCGGACGUGCAUUACUACCUGCCGUACCGCUGGCAGAUUUACGAAGGAACCAACUGGGAAGACAUUUCCAAUAUGGAGGAGAUUGAGAAAUGCUACUGCGACCCAUCCGUUGACAGCGUUCAAUCAAUUGACUUUGUGACUAUGAGGUCCGGCGUGCACCCCGUUCGUCGUCUCUCCACCGUCUCGUCCGUCACGAAGCCGCCUGGAUACGUCCUGACCACCGAGUGGCUGUGGUACUGGAAGAAUGAAAAUUGCGCCUGGACACCGUACGGCCAUUCUAAUGUGAUAACAGCGAGCGACGCCACACUUUCUUCAGACCUAGAAAACGUGUACCUCGCUUUUCCCAACGCUGCCGUUAAAUCUAUGAAGGGCAAGAACAGAUUUGAGAUCAACUUCUCAGAAAUGAAGCAGAAGAACAUUUGUUUCAGAACGGAGAAAGAUUUGCGCAGGAGACCGAAAUAUCUGAAUUUUGAAGACGUGAAAUUACUAAGAGGAAGUACUAAAGCAUCAGCACCUCCCCCCCAGAAGUCAGCACCGCCCCCCCUGAAGACAGAACCGCCCCCCCCAGGAUCAGCGCAUUUCUCCCUGGUGUCAAUGCUGUUCUCCCUGAAUACAGCACCGCCCCCCCUGAAGACAGCACCGCCUCCCCUGAAGACAGCGCCGUUCUCCCUGAAGACAGCACCGCCUCCCCUGAAGACAGCGCCGUUCUCCCUGAAGACAGCACCGCCUCCCCUGAAUACAGCACCACCCCCCCUGAAGACUGAGAUCUACCCGAGAACAUGGGACGCGUCGGCCCUGCCGGAGAUCGGCUGUCAGAAAGUUCGCGUCUCUCGCAUGUCCAGGGAGUUCUCAGAAAUUGUCAGCAGCUUCACCAAGACAGUCAGCGGGUACAUGGUGAGGAAGCUGUGGCGUCUCCAGAACCCGUCGCUGUGGCAGGUGUUCCAGUGGCAAAAGGAACAGAUGAAAAAAAUAAAUCAGGGACAAAAAGUGAAUGAAAAGAGACUGUUCCAUAGCACAGAAGACAAGAACAUAGAUGCCAUCUGCUACCAGAAUUUUGACUGGCGUCUUUGCGGCGCCCAUGGCAAUCGUUAUGGAGAAGGAAGUUACUUUGCUCGAGACGCCUCGUACUCCCAUGAAUUCUCCACAUUACUCUCAGGGCUGCAAUUCAAAAAGAUUCGGAUGAUGUUCGUGGCUCGUGUUCUGGUGGGAGACUACACGACAGGAAACCCCCUGAUGAAGCGUCCGCCAGAGAAACCCGGCAACAGCCUGCGGUACUAUGACUCCUGCGUGGACAACAUGUACAAUCCCUCCAUCUUUGUGGUGUUUGAGAAGCAUCAGGUCUACCCCGAGUAUCUCCUGGAAUACUUUUGAAAAACCCAAACACAAGGCUGAAUACGAGAAGGAAGAAUCCAAACAUGAGGAGGAAUCCGAAAAUGAGGAGGAGGAGGAGGAAUCUGAAGAAGAAUCAUCCUAGGCGAUAUGUUAAAGUGCAAAAUGUAGGAGAACGACUCAGUUCUUAUGUUAAGUCUGUUCUAGAUUUGUUUGUAUACCAGGGGAUUGUCCUGGUUUACAUGUUUUUCUAUGUAAAAUGUUUGAAAACAAAAUAAAAAAUUUGUUAAAAAAAAUAAAAAAAUGUAGGAGAAACAGUAAUACAUGGAGGGACGAAAUCGAAAUGUUCCUAGAUAUU